CUUCUUCGUCGGGUCCUGCUGCACCCAUCGAGUUGGCCUCAGCAUCGACCGCAGUUGUGAACAAUGCGAGUACUACAACAACUAGUGCGGCAUUGGUAUCCAGCAUUCCUCCAGCUCCGCAGGUGAAUAUCCCUCCACAUCAACCGACUACAUGUAGCAGCACAUCAGGUCCUUCCUAUCCACUAGUGUCCCUCCAACAGUGGCAACCAGCGGAGAGCACGGGACUCAGUGCAUCGAGCGGCUCAGCUGCGUCGGCGAACAGACGUACAGGAUACAGAAUGGAGGAGUUCAAGAUAUUAAGGCUCAGCUUUGUUCAAUGGUCAUCAUUUAGAUUGGAGUCACUGAGAUCGAAGAAGCGACCCCUUUAGAGAAUAGGGGAAAAGGAAGGGAAAGGGGAGAGCUUUGGCGGGGGUCUCUCUCGUUCCGCAUCAGUGACCAUUGAGUGCUGAGCUUUAAAGAUAGAAGUCUACGUACGUAUGAGACCGAUCCCGGCUUCUGCCAUGCAAGAUUCUACACCUGACAAUGUCGUUUUAUGGUGAUGGUGAGAGACUCAGAUUAAGAUUAUUGCUUGGGAGACUUUGACUUUUAAUAGAGAUCUCACGACUCAGAAGUGCAGCGAGUGUAUGUUGGUUAUAGUACUUUUUCUCCUGAAUAAAUGAGUUCUAAAUUGAACCUUACCUUUGCACCAAAAGGUUGCUUUGCUGAAACAGCAGCAUCCUGGACUUCGCCACGAGGAAGCAUUGAAAGCGAUUAUACGAGAGCGGGGUCGCGUUCCACUCGCGGAUACGUCAGACGGCUCUGCGUUCGGCGAGAAGAGUUUGUGCGCUAACUCGAGGGGAGUUAAUAUGGCUCCUCCUGCUCCUGAAGUCCGUUUAUUUGAUAUUAUCCGGUCUUAUCCUUAUUACAGGCAUCGAUCCAUCUUAGAUGAUCUAUCGAAGACAGAAAGGAAGAAAAUCAUCGAAGACAGAUGAGUGAAUUGUUCCAUAACCUAACCUAACCUAACCUAACCUAACCUAACCUAACCGAACCCAACCUUCAAGAUGGAGGAAGAUCACGGGGAAAAUUUCCAUCUAAGGUGUGCGGUAAUGCAGCUAGUAGUACUAGUUCUACAGAUCCUGGGGCGACAGGGAGCACGGAAACCGGGGGAGAAGCUGGGUCGAAUCCAGACGGUUUAGAAUGUUCGGCUGCUGCAUCGUCCUCAGGUGUCAAUCAAGACAGCGACAGGGAUCUAGAGCCGUCGGGUGGGAGUAGCAGCAGUGGAGAAAGAUCAGGUACUUACUUUAGGUUUAUUAAGAUUGUUCCGUCAUGUUCGAGAGCAAAUCGAAGUUGAGUCGGAACCUAUAAUCAAGAGAUCAUGAUCUAUCCGUCAGGCGCAACUGUAUUCUUGGAAAGUCCAUAAUCGCAGAAAUAAAGAUAACUAAUAUUAUAAGACUAAGACUCCAUCUCCAGAUGACCGAGUGAAAGUGAAAGCGCAAAUUUUGCAUGCGACGGCUCAAAACGUCCUAGCCGUUGUGCCUGGUGUCGGACUCAGAGAGUUUGCGUUUGACGGGGUGUUUCAUCAAAGUGCUCAGCAAGCAGAUGUCUAUGGCGGAUUACGGCUUGAAAGACUCUUCUCUAAGUGUUGAUAGCAACUGUGAGUAGACCAUAUUGUUGAAGGAGUAGUGCUAGUAGGAGUCCACGAGAUUGAGAUUCUUCAAUAACACACAAUUAAUUGCUCUCUGAAGUCUACGUGCGUCUAGUCGCCCCUGAAGAUUCUAAUUCACCAGAUUCGGGAGAUCGUUGCUGAUUUUCUCAACGGAGAAAACGCCAGCAUCAUAUGCUAUGGCCAGACUGCGGCAGGGAAAACGUAUACGUCAUUUGGCCCACCAGAGCUGCACUUUGUGAACUCUCGCGCCCUAGAAGGUUUGGCGCCAAGAGCCUGUCGAGAAGUCUUAGCGGGUAUGGUUCAGAAAGAGAACGCCUUCAACCGCAAUGCGAACAGCCUGUUUCAAACAACGAGUUCUUCGUUUAUGGAAGUCAAAUUUAUAUACUCGAAAACUGAAAAUAUCCGAGUUACUGACUGAAAUAAGGGAGGCAGCUUAACAUCAAGGCUACUCUUCCUUGUUCGGUAUCUCGCUUAUUUUAAGUAGUUAUACUCGCUUAUUUCAGUUUAUCGAAUACUAGAUUGUGCCUGCAGCUCAGACGCCCGGGGUUUUCUAUCUUCCUCGGGUCUUUCUUUUUUCUAGUUAGGUCGGCUCCACCACAAAUACUAGAUUGUUCCCCAGUGCUGCAUCCGUUCAAACCUGUGAGAUUCAAGCGAUCACUCCUUAUCUACUCUGCAAUGGAUUCCUCAAGAUCAGCGCGCUUUCUAAGAUCCCAGAGCAACCGGGCGAGAAGACUAGCCACUCGAAGAGAAACCGCGUCAACGUGAACAUGAGCCUCCUGGUCAGCUACGUUGAGGUACUACCUAGACUUUAUUUAGAUUCAUUAUACAUAGGAUUAGUAGUACCGAUUUGCUGAGCAGCGGCCAGAUCGUGGGAUGGUCUCUGUGUGAACUGUGUUAGCAUGAACGUGACCUAACUGGUGCAAGACACUUUCUGUAUAUGAGGAUAAGCGUAUCUGUAAGAGGAAUUAGGGUAUGCGUAUCUGUAAUGAACAAUAAGAAGCUCUUACUUUAUUUCCAUCACUAUUUAUUACUUGAUUUAGAUUCAUUUUUGCGACUAUCUACAGGUCUACGGCAACGAAGUGAAUGAUUUGCUGAGCAGCGGACAGAUCGUAGGGCAGUCACGGGAUGGGAGAUAUGCAGACACCAGAGCAACAGACCGAGUAGGACAUCGAUAUGUCCUGGAUGGGAACGUGGCAGUGCCAAUCGCCAACAUGGAUGAUCUCGAGAAGCUGCUUCUUGAAGGGGAUCAAGCAAAACUUAAGGCAAGCAUCUUGGUGUACUAUAGGUGCUUAGUGGUAUUAUAGCUAUAGGAGGUGUAAUAAAUAGUAAUAUUAGUCGUGGUUGUAUUAUAGGAAGUGUGUAUGUAGACUUAGUAAUAGUAGAGAAGUAUGCUUAGUGGAUCCAUCAGAUUAGACUUAAUUAGUAUGCUUAGUGUAUGUAGACUUAAUUAAUGUCGACUAGCUCGUCUAAGAAACGACGCGCCGCUACGGCGAUGAAUGAGCGUAGUACGCGAGCUCACACAAUUCUGGUGCUGGAACUUACGCACUCGCUCACACGGCGAUCUUCUUUAUGACGCCAUGCAUGGAUUGAAACAAGGCUGAAGUUCUUUUGGACAACAGAGACAUUUCAAUUCCACUUGUUAUCUGGGCUCUUUUCAUACCAUUUCGACCAUCUUUUGACUACAAUUAAGGGUAGGUUAAAGGUGCUUUUGUUACCGUUUGUUAUGGCUCUCCUAAGGGGGACAGCCAUAACAAGCGGGAUAAACGAACACCGAAAACCUAUCUCUAAUACAAGAAACGGGCUCUACUGAGAUAGUUGUGCUCAUACCACUACCAGCUUCCUUCUGUUGAUACAAGAUAUUCCUUCGCUUUGUAGUGCAAAUUGCACAUCUGCUUUCCACCUCUUCAUUUUUCCCAUCACCUUUUCAUUCCCUUCACCUUUUCAUUCCCUUCACCUUUUCAUUCCCAUCGCCCGGCUUUCCCGAAGAAGAGAUUGGGCGUCACGCUUCUCGCCUUUUCAUUGCGGAUCUUGGAGGGGCAGAGAGACUUAGCAAGAGUAAAGCAGCAGAAGCGGUGAAGGCGCCUGUAACUGUCGUAGGCGGCGAAGAGGUGCAAAGGGCCACGUGGGCUGAGUACUAUGAGGCACGAAAAAGAGUGCAGGAGACGCUGUUGAUCAAUCGCGGUCUGCUCGCAUUGAAACGUGUCAUAGCCGCUCUUAAUGACCGUGUCAGGUUGCAAGACCCGACAAUGCAUGUACCCUACGACGAUUCCAUGCUCACGAAAAUUCUGAGGCAGAGUCUGGGAGGUAUUAUGUAUUUAGCAUUAAUUAUGUAUAGCUCUUCUUGGUGGUAUGAUGUUAAAAUCGAUGAAAUAAAUCAAAAUUUCUGCUGAGGUAUAGAUUCAAUGUGAUUAUUAUGUUCAAUGUUGAAUGUCAGACACCAUCGUUACUGUUGUGAUCUGCUUCCACUAGGCGACAGCCGCACGUGCAUCGUUUGUUGUUGCUCCUUGGAGCAUUGCAACGCUUUCGAGAGCGUCCAAACCCUACGCUUUGCUGAGUCCUGUUCCCACGUUGCCGUUCAGAAAAUACGGAAAGUUACGGGUGGUUGUUCUUGGUCUCUCAAUCUCAUACAGUUCCUGGUCUUCUAGGUUGUAAUCUCUCAAUCUCAUUGGAAAACAGCUUCAAGAAAAAAAAAAAGCUCAAAUCCAGUUCUAAGCAAGACGGAACCGCAGCCGUCAAGCGUGCUCUGAUGGAAGUGGAAGGCGAAAUAGAGAGUGUCAAAGCUCAAAUUGAGCAAAAAGAAGAGUGGAAAACGGUUCGCGUGGAGCGAACGGAUCUCGAUACUGUUGCUGGAGUUAAGGUGGCUUAUUGAAGUACUUCUACUCAUCUCCUCAUAACACUACAUACAUUUCUGCAUGGCAUCUCUAGGGUCACUCACCCACGUUUCUAAAGUCUCACUCACCCACGUUUCUUCUAAAGUUAAUAAUUGAACUCUUUCUUCAAGAAGCUCUAAUGAAGAGUUCGGUCGCUGGUGGGACCGCACUGAGAAGACGGAGUUUGUGAAUAAAGUUGUCGUAACGGGUGCGGAGAAGGAGCGAGAACUGUUGGAAACGCUUUUGCAACGGCAACAUUAAGGCUCUAUAACUAAUUCUAGUUCAUCACUUUUUGACUGCAUCUCAUCAAGAUGCAAGCAUGAAUUUUAGAUAGAUGCAAGCAAUUUUUUGUGCAUGCAUCUUAGAUAGUUCUAACAACGAGAGUUGACAAAACUGAGUGGACCGAUGGACAAUUGUCCGAUUUUCCCGACAGGAUCAAUGCGGCAGGACAGUAAGACGUCUUCGCACAGUGGCGCAGGGUCCACAACUAAUAGUAGCUCUUUUGCAGGAGCUACUUCAACUUAUGGCUUUGGCUUUCUUGAUGGGGGGAACUUGCUUGCUCUUGGAGGGGAUCGAUCCGUCGCUCACUAUAGAAUUCUGAAGGCGGCCCCUCUUCCACGUGGUCCCUCUCCCUGCUAGAAGUAAGCUCUAAGAUCCGAAUCGGACUCGGCGACAGCAGAUAGUGCACGUCGAAGCUCCUGAUACUGCGCGGUCGAGUGACACCGGGACUAGUGGUGGCAUAGAGCUGCGGACUAGUGGUGCAGCGUGGCACUCGAGGGGAAGCAAUUUGAGCGCGCAGCUUGGUAGUGCUAGCUGUUCCUCGUCCUCAACCCUGGGUAGAGACUUUCGCGACAUGAUUUACCGAAGCGAUGCAGACAAGGGAAGACGAGAUUUCCGACAGACCACAAAGUUCGAUCCAAGAGGGGGACGCAUGAAAGCUCGGGAUUUUAUGCAUGUCUGUUGGUGUUUUCGUUUUGAUUGGGGGAGGUUGGGUACUGCUCACAUGGUUUUAAGUUGGCAGGCUUAGGUUUUGGUACAAGAUGAAGAUUUAGGUUUUAGAAGUACAGCGUAGGUACUAUGAGAGAUACACACAGAUGAUGGUGAGCAUCUGGCCAUGUCCUGGUGACACUAGACACUAGCCCAAGUAUCAAAUUCCUACGAUCAAAAUAGAUUCUUACUAUCGAUUCCACCUACUACUUCUCCACCCCCUUCAUACUCAUCGAAGACCUUACUGUGGUUGCUGAUGGUUUGAGGUUUCUUUUUCGUAAGACGCCAUUUGCUACGGAGUGUUGUGGAGAGACAACCGAAUCCUGUGCUGUUCCGUUUAAACCUGUGGACGUAGGUGAAGAACAGCAUCCUCAAUAUUUGUCGUUGGCUGAACUUAUGAAGACGGAAAGAUCUAGUUUCCUUUCUUUUGAUCGUGCGGAUACUAUAAUGGGCUCUUGUUCUGAGUUCUAGGCUCAGACUGUUUUUUAUUUGCUGUAAAAAGAAUCACUGCACUUUGGUCUUCCUCGGUCUAUCUCGUUAUCUAUAGAAACAAAUGAAUAUUCUGGCAGUUCAAACUUUCUUGCUGUCUUACUGCCGUGUGUAAGAACUUAUAACUUUUCUAUUUCUACUCUCGUGUUCUUGUCAUAGAAAUUACUUCCUCCUGAUCUCACCCCUCUUCCUUCAUACUCAGACUGAAGAAAGGCUACGAGGUUGAGCGCGCUAGUGGGGAAACUACGACGACUUUCGGCAGACACGCCAUGAAGCGCUUGCUGGAGUGGAUGGCGGUGAAGAGCGGCCGAGACGCAACUGUCCGCGCACUGCAUCGCGAGCUACCACCACUAGACGAAGAACCGGCGGAAGAGGUAAAACAAGACGCUUAGAUAGAGGGCUCAGAUCUCUGGGGCACGGAAUAAUUUUUGUGGUCGCAGAUUACUUCAGUUCCUAGUCUACUUCGUUCUAACCUCAGUCCCGGUGAUGAAUUCACGGCUACAGCAAUCGCUCCAAACAUUUAGAUUAGAACCAAGCUGAACGGAACCCAGCUAGUGCUUUGGCUCUAUUGACAUAUUUCUUGUUCGAGAGAAUGUCCGACUUUGGUCUUCUUCGGUCUCAGUCACAUUUAGAUUCACUUUUUGAAGAUUUACUUGUCCAGAUUUUUUCAACAGACAGAAACAUUUUUGCGGCAUCAUUGGUUCUUUCACAGGGAGAGUGCAAGUGCUGCAAUUCUUCAGUAGCGCGAACAUUUUCCUCAGCAUUGAUGUGACAGCGACUGUUGAUAAUAGUGUUGAGACGCUUAGUUCAAACUGAGAAACGCAUCUUUCACUUUCAACUUCCAAGAAAAGGUGCA